AUGGGCUUCCAAAGCUUCUUGAUUGUGAUUCUUUUCUCGGUAGCCCAUGCUAAGAGCGGUUGUCCAACUUCUCGCUGCGAUGCCAACGGCGUCGCCAUACAGCCUCCCUUCUGGUUACAAGGUCAGACGCCUCUAAACUGUAUGUCUCCCGGAUUUAAUCUAAGCUGCAACACAAAGAAUAUAUCAAUACUGAAUCUUCCUCACGAUGAAGAGUUCUAUGUGAGUUCUAUAUACUACAGCGAAAAAAGAGUGAUGCUAUACGACCCCAACAAUUGCCUUCCUAGACGACUUCUACACUUGAACCUUUCAUCUUCUCCCUUCAAGGCCGUCUCCUAUCAGAAAUACACCUUUUUUCGGUGCCCAAAAGGCCAGGCAGUUCAGUACGGCGCAACUAUUAUUGAUUGCAUGAGCAACACAACUACUGAUAUAAUUGCAGCAAGGGAUGACUUAGAUCCACUGUUUUUGAUGUUCUGCGAUAAAAUCGCCAGCAUACCAGUCCCGGUUUCAUCUGGUUAUAAUGAUCUUCCGGACGAGCUUGAGCUAACAUGGAACGACAAAGAUUGCAAGGAUUGCAGGUCUACAACUAGUCCGAGUGCGCAUCAGCACCACAAAACUCACACACUGAUCAUGUUAUCUGUUGUUCUGUCGGCCCUGGUUAUACCUUCACUGAUAUUCACCAUAUCCUGCUGCAUGUGCAUGGUGGCGCGCGACAACUCUCGGUCUCAGAUCACAGAUACAAACCAAAACCAAAAUCAAACUGGUGGCAGGGCUGCUGUAUCCCUUGGCCUCGACAAAUCCACAAUCGAGACCUACAGAAAGAUAACAGUUGGUGAAAGCCGCCACAUUGAAGGCCCUAAUGAUGUAACCUGCACAAUAUGCCUCGGAGAUUACGCCCCAAAUGAAACAAUAAGAUUCAUGCCAGAAUGCGAGCAUUGCUUCCAUGUCGAGUGUAUAGAUGAGUGGUUAAGCAUAAACAAUAAGUGCCCCGUCUGCAGGAAUUUACAGACACCCGUUUAAAUUGGAUCAUAUUCUAGGCUAAAAGGACACCCAAAUAUUUUCAUGUGUCUAUAUAAUAUAUAUAUAUAUAUAUAUCUUCUUCUGUGGGUUUCUGUAUAUUCAGAAUAUUCGGAUGAGAUGAGUAUUUGAACUUACGCGGAUUCUUGCCUU